UUCGGCUUUCUCUAAAAAUUAUUGUCCCUGUGAUUACGUAACAAAGGAAGACGAAGCAACAUUGGAAUGGAAACUUCCCUCGGCAUGUAGCGAAAAUUCCAUUAUUCAUUCUACAAAGAUUGAAUUCGAAGCAAAGAAAAAUCAACGAAAAUUAGAAUCGGACCGUCUGCGAGCUGAUAAUAAGAAAACUUGUCCUUAUGUUACUUGUGCGUACGGAGAAGACAAGGAUCAGCGAGCACUCGAGAGGGAUAUUCCACAAGCUGAUGACGAGUAGGGAAAUCGAUUUGAGAACAAAAAGAUUAUUAUUUUUCUUCUUCUUCUUCUUGGUCUAGAUAACUUUAAUUGUUUUCUUUAUGCUUUCUAGAAAGAAAAUUUGUCUUUAUCCUUUAAAAGGUGACGCUUGUGAACACGAAAAAAAGAAAGAUUUACCCAGCGCAUUGGAAUGGGAAUUACGAAAAUCUAAUAAUGUCUGUUCUUCGAAAGCUAGGACGUCAAGAGAAUGCGGAACAAAGCCUGAUCAUUUGGCAACAGAAUGGGAAUUACGAGAACAGCAGCAACUAGCAGUUAAUGAUAAUGAGCAAUCUUGCGCAAAUACUUUAGGAGCUAAAUCGAGUGAAUGCGAAGCAAAAGAAGAAGAUCAUUCGACUUCUCAAUCCAAUUUGCUAGAUAAAGAUAAUAAUCGUGAUUUGUUCAAUACAUUGAAAAAAGAAUAUGAAGAACGUUUCACUUAUUUAGAAGAGGAGUUACGAAAUUAUCGUGCCUCAGUCCUAACCGGUAAUGAUAAAAUUAGCACAAUGGAUCAAAGAAUGCAGACCAUGAUAAGCGAGAAACAAAUAUUGGAAGAAAAAUUAAAGCAAUCACAUAACGGUCAUGAACAGCUGGAUGUACUUAGGAAACAUUAUGAAGAUCGAAUCACACGUUUAGAGCAGGAUUUACAUAACUAUCAACUAUCAGCGAAAACUCAUAAUAGCCAAAUCUCGGAAUUGGAAAAACGUAUGCAGUCUUUAGUGAAAGAGAAGCAACUUUUAGAAGAGGAAGUGAAACAAAAAGCAUUUCAGCAGUAA